UAUUGGUAUUCAUUUUAAGUUUUAGUAUUAAUUAUUAUUUAGCAUUCUUAUUUGAGUAAACUUAAAAAAUGUUACUUCUAAUUGCACACCUAUGUCUAUGUUGAAUAUUCUACACUGUACUUGAGCCAGUUGAACCUAAUUGAAAAUUUGGCCGCAAACGUUUUUAAACAUUUUUACUUAUUUUAAGCUUUUGUCACACCACGUGCCAAAUUUCAAAAUUUUAUAUUUCUCUAGGAAAUAUAUAUAUAUUACAAGCAGACGUCCGCAUCGAUCGAAAUGCGUGACGUGGGUAUGAGACGUUUUGGAUUAUAAUUUGAGUUUUGUCAUUUUUCUUCUUUUUUUUUUUUAUUCCCCAGAGAAAACGACUAGUUGUCGGUUUAUAUUAAAGCUCCUAUUGUCGCGCUGUCUUCUUCGAUGGAUUUCAAUUUUGCACGCAUUGUCUGUUGGUCCAUCGUUAUUCUGGCCACACAAUCGGCCGCGUUUUUUACCCUCUCAGAUUGACAACUGCUGUUGCCGGCCAGGUCUUCGGUCGAGGUCGGGAAAGCGCAUUUUUUUAUCCUAUCGCCAACGUCGUCGAGCCAGGCCGACAGACCCUUUUGUCUGAUCAAUAUUUCUUCGAGUCCUUCGCGUUUCACCCGCGCGUUUUCUAUCUCGUCGCCCACGUCGGCUAUACGGUUCUUGAGACGUUCCAUGGUGGCAAUCAGUUUUUUCCUCGUCGGUUCUUUCUGAAAACACAAAUUUUAACCACAGUCUCCACCGACAAACACAUUGCAACGCAUCAGAUCCCUUUCCCACACCUUCUCCUUCUCUCCCAAGCAAAUUUUGGAUUGGCCACAGUCUAAAAGUUGCUCCUUCUUCUUCGUCCUGACUAUUUGGGGUCGGCCACCCUUGCCCUUAGGACCUGCACUCGUCACGAUCUCCCACAUCAUCUUCACAUAUACCAGCAGUCUUUAAAGCGUUUUCAAUCGCAUCCAACCACCUCUUUUCAUGCUUUCUCUUUUUACCUUUUCAUUAUUAGAUUACUGCUUGUGAUUCCUAUCUUCGCCGCAUAGUCGGCCACAACACGCUCUUGUAGAACUCGCAUUUAAGUUAUUAACCACCUUUCUGUCACAAAACACCAGACGUUCCUCUUCACUUGAUCCAACCGCACUUAAACCUGUGUUUGACAUCCUCACCAAAGCCACUGUUCAUCUGAACAAAAGUUCUUAAGUACUAAGUAACUAUCAACAUCUUGUCAUUUUUUCGCCUUGUCAACCUCUUGACCUCUUCCCAACUCAUCUAAUCCUAAGUCGCUUUUCUUCAGGUGCUAUUCUUCACACUUCAAUCCUCGAGUUAACUUCUUUCAAACUUUCAGUACCAUCAUGUAUCUCCGUUGUAGCUGUAUCUAUUACAGAAUCCUGGUGCACACCAACGUACCGUUUUCAAAGGUUGUUCGUUGACUUCACGACACAAACGCUCGUCGAAAUACUCUGGCGGGUUAUUGUUAUUCUUUUCGGUUGCCGAUAUUAUUUUGUCCAGAAGUAAUUUUCGCUUUGCCCUCGACAACACGUGCCAUUUCCACGGAUCACACUCGUCCGAAUGGUCGUCGACGUACACGUGUCUCUCUUCGGCUACCAGAAUUGUGUUGGAGGCGAUUCGCGAUUUAGUCAACGACUGUCGUACGGCCGCAUACGUAGUCAUACGGGCUGAACGGGGUGACCGGGAAGAACCUGCAAAGUUGAAAACAAUAUUGGGUUUUUUUUUUACACUCCAGAAAACAAACGGUCCGACGACAUCAACACCGAAGAACACGUCCGGCUCGUUUCGAGGGUAACGCGUUAGCGGACGGCUGAAAAUCAACAAAACGCGGUUUUGUACGGAAACGCAGUGUAAAAUACAUCAAUAAAUACUUCUAGUGAAAUGGCCGAGGCGAAUUUGCCCACAGACACUGCGGCCGUCGCCGGCAAAACCGCCCGGAGUCUGUUCUACGACCUGUACCGGGUGGGACCUCCUUAUCCGAACAGCGAGCUGGAAAAGCGCAGGAGAAUACUGAAGAUAAUGAGAACCGACAAAUCGGACGGACCCAAGCCGCCGGCCAGACCGCCGUUUUGCCGGCCCUCGAAAGACAUGCCGCUGCACGAGGUGUUCAAAGACAUAAUGAACACGGACGCGUUCGUCAUGCGAGCCAUGGAAAGAAAGUUCACCUGCGAAUACCCCAAGUGGCAGGUAAACGACCACAGGCUGGAGAACGUCGUGGACCCCGCGAUAAUGACCGCCCUCAAAACCGCUCCGGACCGCCGACGCGAGAAAGACAAAUCGCCGCCGACUACCGCCAACCUAGUCGGUCAGGCCGACAACGCGAGCAGCAAGUUGAGGAAAAAUCUCUUGGAAAAACCAAAUCCGAAAAAUAUGCAGACUUCGGCGGCGCCGGUUGUUAAACAGAUAAACGCGGACAAGCCGGCCAAAACCGAAAAGACGGUAGUCAAAGAAAACAAAUCGAGAAGAACGAAAAAGUCGCCGGCCAAAUAGAUUACAUACCAAAGAAAAAAAAAUCAAGUGUGAAAUCAAAUUUUAAAUAAAAUCUUUGUUGAGAAUUUCUUAAAAUUCCCUCCACAAACGCGUAGUUCUUAUUCAGCGUUGGAAAAAGAUCAAUAUCUCCUCGAAGGAAAGACAUUAGAUCGUGGCAAUUACUAUUUCUAUCCUCCUCCCUCCCUUGCCCUCCCCUCUUCUCACUUUCCCCAUCCAAAAGACAAGGUAUUCAGUAAAACAAGCUAAUUUCAAAUUACAAGAAAGCGCACAGAUGUUAAAAUUGUUCAGAAAUAAUAAAAAAAACUUAAAAUCUCUAAAGACAUGUUAAUAGCGAUGCUACAUGCCAUAAAAUUGUAUACAUCAAAAUACGAAUUAACGGGUAUCAUCAGUCUAAAUUACAACAUUUUAGACCACCAGAAAAACCAAAAAACUAAAACGGCUACAAAAUCUUCACUUGAUGUAUUUCACUUGUAAGCCAAAGAUAUUUUCUAUUUAAACAUGAAUGUGUCACGUCCAUUUUUAACAUUAUUCGGGUCAAACAAAAUAAAAUUCUUUAUCCCAUUGGCGGCUAAAAAUGCGUUUUGUAUUAUCUCUGUAAGUAAUAGUCCAAUUUUACUGAUUGUUUCACCAAAAUGUAGAUCAUUUUUUACUUAAUAAGUAGAUAGCUUAAAUAUAACCAACAAAAUUUAUAUUAUAUUAUACCUACGAUUUCAUGUCAAUCUUUUAUUAAGGAAUAACAGUCAACCGGUAUUAGGAAUAUACUAUUGUUAAG